UAGCGACUGUAUGGAAUGGAAGCUGAAGAACGACAAAAACAAACAAACAAAAAAAAAAACACCAAAAAAUUUCCCCUGAUGUACAGAAAUCUUGGGGUGGGUGGGGCUAUCAUUUAAAUGUUGAGGAAUUUUUUUGCUGUCGUUUGCAAAUUCUCGUAAGUUUUUUUUUUUUGCAUGAGAUUGAGGCGAGGCGCCAGCGGGAAAUCAUUCUGACGACGACAGAAGUCGAGCGUCCGGUUUCACGACGGCAAAGGCGACGCGGGCGUCGAAACGGGCUGCCGCUCGCCCGUCGUGUCCCAGGCGGGACGGACGUGGGAAGCGCAGCCCGGCCCAUCUUAUUCAAGGGUCCCUCCGGUCAUUUGGCUCGACGCGUCACGAGCGCCGCCGACGUCAGCCUCGGCACUUUGUUAAGUCGACAGCCUCGCGCCCGGGCAUCGUGUUACCGGCGGCCGCUUUCCCUCCGUCCCACGGGAGAAAUGAGGACAAACGCCGGCCUAGAUUCCGAGCGCACGGUGCCACCUUUGACGCUUAGCUAACUGCUAACGGGAGCCUAAUGAGUCAAUUAUUCUCGGAACGUAACCUCUUUUCUAUUUCCAGCCGGGCGCGAUCUGCUCCUUUUUUCCCUCAUUGGCGACAGGCCUCGAGUCGUUCGACUAGGCGCAGCUUUGCUUCUCACUCUGCUCGCUUCCUUGCUUGUUUGGGAAUUUCCAUUUGCGCUGGAGGACAUUCGGUCGCCAACGAGAAGUGGCGUCUCUCCGCGCUCGGAAUCGCCGCCAACGACAGAAUUCCGACAAAAGCGCUCCGAUCCAAACGUGAGUUGCUUUUUGCGCCAUUCGUGAGGGAGGCUUCGGGCUCGACAACAAUCCGCUGGAAAAAGACAAAUCAGUUGCCGAUUUCCAUGAGAAGUUGUUCCAAAAUGACACAUUUGUCCCCAAAAUACAAAUAUAGAUGAGAAAAGUUCAGAUCAAGAUGGGAUUUUUUUUUUUUUUUUUGCGGUACACCCGAGCCGGACACAUUUUGGAUUUCCAGGAGAAUUGGUUCACAAAACAAUCAGCGUGCGCGUUCCCGCCUUACUCGGUCUCACGCACGUGGGACGAGGUCAAUCUUUUCCGCAAGCCGAGUCACGCGGCGCUUCCAAAGCCGGCCGGACAAUGUCCUCCUCGGCGUUCUUGCGUCACAAUGACUGCUGUCUGAUUUGUGCGCAUUCUUUCUGUUGUGAAGGCAUGUGACGUCCACAACACUUUUCUUGUUGUGCUCUCAAUAAAAUCUGCCGCUUUUGGCAUUCCACUCGUGUCCCGUUGCUUUUUGUGCUCUUGAAAGAGACACCAAGGAGGAAACGGCCCCGCAUCUCGUCACCGAUUUCAGGCUUUUCCGAGAGGGGAGCUACGUAUACGGUCAACUCUGUGGGGUGUUCCCAAAGUUAAGGCAGCUCACAACUCAACAAUUGGUGUCUCCCUCAGCGGUCUCAGCCCAACUUCUUCAGCAUCUCGAGACCACCAAGAGGCUGCUGGUGGAAAAGCGCCGAUUGGUUUUGUUUUUGAAGAUCCAUCCGUCCAAUUUCUGAGCCACUAAUCCUCACAAGGGUCGCGUGAGUGCCGUGCUGGAGCCUACCCCAGCCAUCUUUGGGCAGGAGGCAGUGGAGACCCGGAACCGAUUGCCAGCCAGUAGCGGGGGCAGGUAGAAACAAUCGAGCGUUCGCUCUCUCAGUCGCACCUAUGGACAAUUUCGAGUCCUCAGUUAACCUCGGCAGCCCGUUUUGGGGAUGUGGGAGGACACUGGACUCCCCCGAGCGACCCACGGAGGUUCGGGGAGAGCACGGGAAGUCCACGCGGGCGGGGCUGGGAUUUGAACCCCGGUCUUCGCAACUGUGAGGCAGACAGCUGUUUUGUUUUUUUUUUGUUUUUUUUUGUAAAUGCAAAUUGAGAACAUGAGAGGGAAAACAAGUCAACAACAAAGUGUGAUGCGAAUUUGUUUGAAAGGGUCAGCCUGAGAUGGUCAUGUGAUGUAAAAAUCGCGAGUUGGCGUUGCCGUCGAGUCCAAAUGCUCCACUGACCCACUUGGAGAGACGUCGACGGCUCUGAACUCGAUUGCUUUUCCUGACAUCCUGCCCCUGUCAAGAGGUGGGCGGAAGUGAACGGCCUUCACAACCGAGGGGAACGCGUGACAACGGUCUCAAUUUCGUCCAAGGCGCGACCGCGAUGGAGCGCCGCGACAUCAGCGACGAGGACGAGGAUGACGACGAAAUGGUGGACAUCGGCGGGGUCACGCUGGAUUUCUCCUCCACAGACGACGUCCCGCCUCUCAGUUCUGGAGGUCACGACCGUUACGGCAGCGCCGGGGGCCCGGCCGUCAAUGGCCUCAGCAGACCGGCGGACCCCCUGGAGGACCCCGUGCCGGGGGUGGGGACCUACGAGGACUUCAACACCAUCGACUGGGUCCGCGAGAAGAGCAAGGACCGUGACCGGCACCGAGAGAUUAGCAACAAGAGCAAAGAGUCAGUGUCGGCUCUGCUGCUCAGCGUCAGCGACGCAUUCUCGGGCUGGCUGCUCAUGCUUCUGGUGGGCCUCACGUCAGGCGCCGUGGCGGGCGGCAUCGACAUCGCCGCCCACUGGCUGACGGACAUGAAGGGAGGCGUGUGUCUGGCGGGUUUCUGGUUCAACCACGAGCACUGCUGCUGGACAUCCAACCAGACCACUUUCCAGGAGCGAGACCGCUGUCCUCAGUGGCAGAGCUGGGCCCAGCUCAUCACCGGGUCCUCUGAGGGGGCUUUUGCCUACGCGGUCGACUACUUGAUGUACAUGUUCUGGGCUCUUCUGUUCGCCUUCCUGGCCGUGACGCUGGUCCGGGCGUUCGCUCCGUACGCGUGCGGCUCCGGUAUACCCGAGAUCAAAACCAUCCUGAGCGGUUUCAUCAUCCGCGGCUACUUGGGCAAAUGGACGCUGAUCAUCAAGACGGUCACGCUGGUGCUGGCCGUGUCGUCCGGGCUCAGCUUGGGCAAGGAAGGCCCGCUGGUCCACGUCGCCUGCUGCUGCGCCAACAUCCUUUGUCACCUCUUCACCAAAUACCGCAAGAACGAGGCCAAGCGGAGAGAGGUGUUGUCGGCGGCGGCGGCGGUGGGCGUGUCGGUGGCCUUCGGAGCUCCGAUCGGCGGCGUUCUCUUCAGCUUGGAGGAGGUGAGUUACUACUUCCCUCUGAAAACGCUGUGGCGUUCGUUCUUCGCCGCGCUGGUGGCCGCCUUCACGCUGCGCUCCAUCAACCCGUUUGGCAACAGCCGUCUGGUUCUGUUCUACGUGGAGUUUCACUCUCCCUGGCACCUGGUGGAGCUGGCGCCCUUCGUCCUUUUGGGCAUCUUCGGAGGCCUGUGGGGGGCGCUCUUCAUCAAGGCUAACAUUGCGUGGUGCCGCAGACGCAAGUCGACCCGUCUGGGCCACUACCCGGUGACGGAGGUCCUGUUGGUGGCGGCGCUGACCGCCUCGCUGGCUUUCCCCAACGGCUACACCAGGAUGAGCGGGGCGGAGCUCAUUUCCGAACUUUUCAACGAUUGCUCGCUGCUCGAUUCCUCGCAGCUCUGCGGCUACGAGCAGCCCACUAACACGUCCCGAAGCGGCGCGGGCGACAGCCUGGCGGACCGGCCGGCGGGGGAAGGUCUCUACACAGCUCUGUGGCAGCUGGCUCUGGCCUUGCUCUUCAAGAUGACCAUCACCGUCGUCACGUUUGGCAUGAAGGUUCCGUCGGGACUGUUCAUUCCCAGCAUGGCGGUGGGCGCCAUCGCGGGGAGGCUGCUGGGCGUGGCCAUGGAGCAACUGGCCUACUACAACCGCGACUGGUUCCUCUUCCGAGGCUGGUGCUCGCCCGGUACCGACUGCAUCACGCCGGGCCUCUACGCCAUGGUGGGCGCCGCCGCGUGCCUCGGCGGCGUGACGCGCAUGACGGUCUCGCUGGUGGUGAUCAUGUUCGAGCUGACGGGCGGCCUGGAGUACAUCGUGCCCCUCAUGGCCGCCACCAUGACCAGCAAGUGGGUGGCGGACGCCUUCGGGCGCGAGGGGAUCUACGAGGCGCACAUCCGCCUCAACGGGUACCCCUUCCUGGAGCCCAAAGAGGAGUUCGAGCACAGCAGCUCGGCCGAGGACGUGAUGAGGCCCAGGAGGGCGGACCCCCCCCUGGCCGUGCUCACGCAAGACGGCAUGACGCUGGCUCAGGUGGAGGAACUGGUGGAGAGCACGCGCUUCAGCGGUUUUCCUGUGGUGGUCUCACAGCAGUCCCAGAGGUUGGUGGGCUUUGUGCUCCGAAGAGAUCUGCUCAUCUCCAUUGAUAAUGCCCGCCAGCGGCAGGAGGGCGUGGUCAGCGCGUCCCGGGUGGUCUUCAGCCAGCACGCCCCCGCUCUACCCCCCGAAGCCCCCCCCGACCUCCGCCUGCGAGCCAUCUUGGACCUCAGCCCCUUCACCGUCACGGACCGCACGCCCAUGGACAUCACCGUCGACAUCUUCCGCAAACUGGGCCUGCGACAAUGCCUGGUCACGCACAACGGGAAGCUUCUGGGCAUUAUCACCAAAAAGGACAUUCUCAAACACAUGGCGCAGAUUGCCAACAGGGAUCCGGACUCCAUUCUCUUCAACUGAGCGCAAAAUUAAGAAGAGACGUGUGGGUGCGGCCGGACGGAGGCUUCUGGAAGCUUUCACGUCUGCUCCGUUUCUGACGUCGUGGUCGUCAUCCUCCCGUCCGGUUCGGCGGCCUCCCCCUCGUCGAAUGCGGGACGUGAGAGAAGAUAACGCCGGCUCUCGGACGAGCCCUGACUGAGUCGGCUCGGCGGUUUUCUCCGACUGCCCGACACGCGUGGAGUGUGAGGGAGGCACAUGAGCAAAGAAAUGUCAUUGAUGUCAAACGCUUCGUCCCACUCCAUUUAUUCUGUCGGUCUUUCUCCUUCUUCCACUCGAUUGCAAUGGCGACUUGAACGACAGCAAAUAAGGUCCGGUGGAAUUUUCCCGGUUCCUUUCUUUUGCCGCUGAAAACCCGAGCCCCCGCCCGGGCUGCCGUUCUUUCGGCUCGGCGCGGCGCGGCGAGGAAGGGCAAAGUCACGGAGAAAGAAAGUAUUCUUGCGUAGCAAACUCAGAUGAGGAAUUCCCUGAACAGAAAGCCAGCGACCGAUUGACGGGACGCUCGCUCCUGACGAACGCCACGCCGCGUCAAAUUUGCGCUUUCCUUAAGAGCAAACGCCAUCCAUCCAACCGAGCUUCUUGCUCGCCAUCUCCACCGACUUCGGGCGUGAGACGGGCUAACGCCCGAUGGCGUGAUCCCCACAAACCAGCGACGGUUUAAUCUCGCGUUCUGAGUCUUCGGUGAACCCAGCAGGCUUGUUUUUGGAACGUGAAAGGAAACCAGAGUGCCCGGAGAAUACGUGCACAGGCACGAGGAGAACCACGCAAAGUGGGAGAAUUUCAGAAGCGAAAGAUUUGUGGAAUAACACGUCGACUUUGGAACGUCUUCGUAGCAGUUUGCAGAUUCAAGUGUUUGUAACCUUGUCAGGUUUGAAGGACGCAGGUCUGUUUUUUUUCUCCAGGAUUCAUGAAAGUAGUCGUCUUGUUUGUUUUUUUUUUUUUUCUUUGGUGUCGGGCCUUCUUCUUCUUCUUCUUCUUCUUCUUCUUCUUCUUCUUGUUGGAAAAGCCACGACCUUCAACUGCCGCCAUUCUUUCUGACACCGGUCAUUGUGUCUGGCUGCAGACUCCAUUAAGAGUUGAAAGAUUUCUUUGAAGUUGCAGAAUGUGAGGAAGGUACAGCUUUUUUUUUUUUCUUUUUUAAAGAGCGCUUUACGGUUAAAGAAUAGAAAAAUUCACAAUUGUGAGUGAAAAGGCUUGCAAAUGAUCAGACCGGAAUUUGCAGAAAUGCACAUUUCUCAGCCACAAUGCUUCAGUGACGAUGUUCUGGUGACAUUUGGGUUUGGGUUUCAAAUACUGUCGGAUGUGAAAGAAGCUGAAAUUUCAAACCUGAGAAGGUUUCAAACACUUAAGUUCAUGAAGACGAGGCCAAAAUGUCUGUGGAGACGUGCGAAAAGAAUCUUUUGAGAGUUACGGACAGCCAGUACGCUCUGGAAAAGCUGUGCAACUUUAUUAUUGUUAUUAAAUGAUUUUCCCAUUA